GUUCGCUCGCUACUUCCGGUCCUACUCCUCCUCCUACUCCUCCGCUUCCUCCUCUUGGGACCAGUUGCAGCUCGCUAUCCUGCUUCCCCCAUCCCGACAAGUCGCCACCGGGCACACCCGUCGAUACCCAACCAGUCAGCAACCAUGUGCUACUUUGAGCAAACCCGCUGGGCAUGCGGCUACUGGCGCUGGGGCCAUUUCCGACAGCAGUGCAACAAGGAGUACCGGAUGGGCGAGACGUGCGGUCUCAAGCUCGUCUACGAGACCAAGACGGAGCCCGAUGUGUGUAAGCUCUGUCACGACACGGAGAAGAAGCAGCGCCGGUACGACAAGAUGUACCGGGACGUCCAGCGCUGGCAGCGCGAGGGCAACCGAAGUGCCACCAUUGAGCGGACGUGCGGCGAGAUGCAUGAUGUGAUGGGCCAGAUCUAUCGGAUGAGAGAGGAGCAUGAUCACAGGCUACAAUCUCUGGGCCAGUGA